AGUCAAAUUAGUAGAAGAGGGGGAGUCUGUGAGAAACCAGGGAAAGAAAAGAAGUGUGGAGUAUCCCAUGCACGUUACCUCCACGAGGAACAAUUGAAGCAGAGUGGGGAGAGGUUUAGGGGUUUACUACCACCAAUCAACAAGAACAGCUGUGAGAACAGAGUUUGAAUCCUUACUUUUUUCACUCAGUGAGCAACAAAAAAAGAAAGAUUUUCAUUUCUCUCUCAGAAGACGCACGACUGAAACCAGCAGCGAUGGGGCCCUCUCUCCUACAGGCCUACAGGAGACGCUGGUGGAUGGCGGUGACGGCGGUGAUUGAAAACCUGCUGUGUUCGGCUGUGCUGCUGGGAUGGGGCUCCCUGCUCAUCAUGCUGAAAAGGGAAGGCUUCUACUCCCACUUGUGCUCAGUGAAUGAAUCCUUGAUUGUGCCACUGAGUAACUACUCCAAUGAGUGUGAGGACUGGCUCAGCUGCGUGGACCAGGAGGAGAUGCUGAAUCUGGGCUUCACCAUUGGGUCCUUUUUACUCAGUGCCACCACCCUGCCACUUGGAAUUCUGAUGGACAGGUUUGGACCACGCCUCAUUCGCCUGGUGGGCAGUUCGUGUUUUGGUAUGUCCUGUGUUGUAAUGGCUUUGUCUGCCUACAACCCUCAUGCUCUGUCAGCGCUCAUUUUCUUGGCUCUCUCCAUGAAUGGCUUUGGAGGCAUCUGCUUGACCUUUACCUCACUCACGCUCCCCAACAUGUUUGGUGCUCUGAGCUCCACCGUUAUGUCUCUGAUGAUUGGCUCGUAUGCUUCCUCUGCUGUCACCUUCCCUGGAGUCAAGCUGAUCUACGAUGCAGGUGUGUCCUUCCAUGUGAUCAUGUGGGUGUGGGCAGGUCUUGCUGCCUCUGUCUUUUUAAAUUGUUUUCUCAACUGGCCUGCAGAAGGCUUUCCAACACCUGACGAGGUAGACUACAGUAAGAUACUCACGCUGCAAGAGCCGCCUUCAUCUGACCAGAAAGCUGUUGCUAAAGGACUUAGCCAGAAAAAUGGAGACAUUCGACACUCAACAGAGAACCUUUCUAGUAAUUCUGACGCUGCUCCCAAUGCUACUCCCUUUCGUCGGUCUGUGUUCUCCCCCAUCUUCCUGUGGAGUCUGGUUACAAUGGGGAUGACCCAGUUGAGGAUCAUCUUCUUCAUGGGGGCGAUGAACAAGAUGCUGGAGUUUAUGGUUAUCCACGGUGAAGUGCAUCUAUCUGAGCAGCUGGUGCUUGAGACGGAGAUGAAAGUGAGUUUCUACUCGUCCAUCUUCGGCACGCUGCAGUUGCUGUGCCUCGCUACGUGUCCUUUGAUUGGUUACAUAAUGGACUGGAAGAUGAAAGAGUGUGAAGAGGAGAAUACCGUCCCACCAGGCACAGAGCAGAGCCCUAUUAGACAGACCCGUGUUCCCAUGAGAGACCGUAAGAUCCAGAAAGUGACCAACGCCAUGAGGGCCUUCAUUCUCACCAACCUGAUGUUGCUUGUUUUCGGAUGCUGUUGCCUCAUAGACAACCUGCCUCUACAAAUCUUAACCUUUAUCCUCCACACUGUGGUCCGAGGCUUCAUCCACUCCUGCUGCGGAGGCCUUUAUGCUGCUGUCUACCCGUCCAACCACUUUGGCACUCUGACAGGCCUCCAGUCUAUGAUCAGCGCUGUGAUCGCUCUGUUGCAGCAGCCGCUCUUUAUUGUCAUGGUCGGAACCCUGAAUGGAGACCCCUACUGGAUCAACCUCGGCCUGCUAAUAUUCUCAUUGGCUGGCUUCCUGUUGCCGGGUUAUCUGUUCUACCACCGCAGACAGCUGCUGAGGGAAAAGGAAGUCAAAGACAAGGGGUUGGCCGAACAGGAGAUGCAGGCGCUCAAUAACACUAAGGCCAAUGGCUACAAACCUCACAGCAACGGCCUCCCUGCUGUGGAGGCUUAGAGUGACACAAAGCGAAGGGUUGGGGAAUGGUAGGAUAUAUGUGUCUUUUAAAAUGAGCACCAGCAAUCGCCUCAUCCAUAUAUAUUUUGUUUUGAUAUUUCCAGUGUUUUUGUUUCUGCUCAUUGCUGGUGCACAUUUUGCUCACAACAACCCAUACCACAGAGCAAAUAGGAUUCCUCAUGUUUUGUUAUGACUAAGAGUUAGACUUUUAAGUUCCCUGUGAUUUCGUGAGACAUGUCAUCAUCAUUUGUUGCUGUUUAUUUAUUCUGGUUUAGUGUCGAAGAGCCAAUAUAGUGUCAUUUAAAGCCAUAGAUUUCACACAAAAACACACACACAGACACAUACACACACCAUGGUGUGGCCUGUGUGUCGGACUGCGAGUGUCACUGUACUUGAAAUACUGUUGUAUAGACUUCUGAUAAUCAUCAAAAUUCUUGCUAACACCAAAGAACAGCUUAAAGAUAUUAGGAAAGUUACACUUUCUACUUCAGUAUUGUUUUAAAAGUAUGCAUAUUGAAACAAACUUUAGGUAUAUUGUGCUGUUUCCACUGUUUUAUACAUUUCUAAAACACUUUAAAAGCAUAUAGGCAAUCAAAGAAAAUGUAAACUAUCUAAAUACCAGACUUCUGGUACGUAAAGAGAAGCAUUUGGGUUAUUUUUUAGAGCCCAGUUAUUGAAUCAGACACACACACACACACACAGAUAGGAUGGUUGUAGAGACACCAUAUCUACCUCCUCUGUUUCGUUUUUUUUUCUUUUACUUUCAGCAACCGACUACUAUGUCAGUCCAAUUUCAUUUUCAUUUUAUGAACUAUCAAUCCUUUAACUGUCAAACACCCGACAUAACUAAUUCAAUCAGUACAGAAACCCUCCUUGUGCAUGCAUGCUCUUUAGAAGUAUUGCUGACUCAGCUCAUGCAUUUCUGGAUUUUGUAUUUGUAAGUAAAACAUUUUUUGAAAGAAAUUCAAGGAAAAUAUGACCGACUUUUAAAAUUCUGACACACAGUGUGUGUCUAUGUUAGGAAUCACUUUUUACUGCUUUAUGCACAGAAAUUAACUAGUGUGCGUAUAAAAUAUGUAUUUAAGUGUCUUUUUAUACUCUAGCUGUAGUAGCAUUAAAAAGGGAAGUGUUUGUUUCAGUUUUAGUUUUUUGUAGUGUGCUAAUUAUGAAUGAAGCUCGGAUGAUUUUCUGUAUAUUCUGCUUUUGCCUUUUUUGAUUUAUUUUGUCAUGUAUUGAUUUUGGAGCAGACAAACCAUCAACAUUGUUUUCUGUAAAUACAACUGAGGUGUCUUAUGUAUUUUAUUACAUAUUCUGCUCGCUUUACUAUGUGUGCGUACGGUAUGUUCACUGAUGACUGACGUUAAACUUGUUAUUUUAAUCAGAUUUUUCUGUUUGAAUGAUCAUCAAAGUCACAUUCAAAAGACAUUGUUUCAGCUAGCUGCUGAUCAAAACAGAAAAAUGUAUUCUUAUAAAGUGACAACAAUAUGUGUCUAUCCUUUACAUGCUAGUUCUGCUCACAGCAACAGUAUCAUGUAGAUUUAUUGAAUCCUACGUAUCCUUUCUUUUCACCCUUUUUUUACUCAAUCCAUUAUAGUGUCAAGACAGCUAUAGCAGAUUUCUCCUAUUUUGCCUUAUGCAUUCCUUUCUGCCUUUUAAAUGUGUUCAGCUGCUUGAAUCUGAUUCUGAGUUUGUUUCUCUUACUCUGUGCCUUUGCCGCCUUCUUGGAUUUAUUGCAAUAGAUAUGAAUGUAAGAAUAAAGGGGAACUACACCCGUCUUCAGUCUAAGACAGUCCAAAAAUAAUAGCAAACAUGAACAAAUCUCUUCCAUAUCCAAAAAAUAGAGUGCCAAAACUCAAAUCUGUGAUGUCAUUAGGAUAGUGUGCAAGACAAUCAUAAAGGAGAUUCGGAGUUUAGUUUGAACUCUUUGGCUUAACUGCCAGUUUGGCUUUAUUGAAAUAGAUAUGAAUUGAAGGGAUUAAAAGGGAACUACUCCCAUUUUAAAACUCCAUAUGUUAGGCCUAAAACAGUCCAAAAAUAUUAGUAAACUCCCAAAGCCAAAAACUAGAGUGCUAAAAAAGAACUGCUCUAUAGACAAGUAAAUAGGAAAUAUGUUAUUGAUGACACUGAGAAGAUCAGGGGGAUUUUCUGAGUAUGUGGACACAUUUUCUGUUUCAGAGUACACUCCAACAUAAUAAAACUUAAUAAGAAAAAUAACAAUAUCCCAUUUGUUGUCUAUGGAGCAGCUCCAGACUUUAAAUAACUGAUGACAUCACACAUUUGAGAAGGACUUCUCUGAUUGCUUUGAGAGAAAGUAGCCCAUGUUCACAAAUAUUGAUUAAAUUUAUAUAGGCCAUGGAAAUUACAUAGUGGAAUUACUAAUUUAGGUGAUGUUCCCCUUUUAUACCUCUGCCAAACAUCUUUCUCUGUAAACCAAAGCUGUGUGUACCGACUGACUGUAAGCUAAUCAGCAACACUUUCCUAUAGGGAGCAAAAUAACUGGAAUGCCUUACAACACAAUGCAUUGGUCUGGCAGUAAAUACCACUUUGUUUUGUGUUGAUUGUCACAGGUUUGGCUUCAGUUUGAUGGUAAUUUCUGAGGCUGUUUAAAUACUGUUGAGUGAAUUACAAUCAGUGUUGGUGAGGUUUUCCAGUUAGACAUUUCAGUACUUUGCUAUAUAGUGUUUAGUAAUGUUU